AUGCCUCUGUCCAAGCGUCCCGUCGACCGCCUCUACGGCGUGGGUGACGGCCGCACCGUCGUCCUAGCCGUCGACACAUGCAAGGGUUGCAUAUCCGCGUUUGAAGACCUCCUAGCAACAGGCUACAAGUCCACCUCGUUCCUCGGUACGCACGAGAACCCCGCCGCGCGUGGAGAAUUCCGCUUGUCUCCCGCGGACCGCCUAAUUGUCGUCUUUCACCGCGGGCAUCACCUUCCUUCUCCGCUGCUGCUCCGCCGCUCGCGGAGCGACGUCGCCGCGCAGCACCAGCAGCUGCUAACAAUGCUUCCGCCGCUCACUUCCCCUCAUCUCCCACCGACCGCGCAACCGUCCCCGCACCAAGCCUCCCCGCAAAAAACGGCCGCGGCGAUGUUCUCAUUCCUCGCAAGUCCCCGAACGCGGUCUGGCACGUCGCGUUCAGAGGCGGGAGCAGGGGCAACAGCAGGCACCGCAAUGGCGGACGGCAAUUCACCCCCUCCUGUUGUCGAUCACCCCGUGGCGGCACAAAAUCAGCAACUCGCCACGUCAACAGACAGCAAGGCUGACGUGGAAACCGUGGUUGUGGUCCCAUCUACACCUGCUAAAGAGCCAAUCACGGACGACCGCGUCAUCCAUCACAGCGCGGCAGAUGAGGUCAACAAGGCGGUGGCGAAAAUGCAAUCUGGAGGAGAGAACAAGUAUGCCGUCAUUAUCGAUGCCGGAAGCACUGGGAGCCGGAUCCACGUGUACCAGUUCAACCCCAAACUCGAACUGAUGGAGAUCGGCGACGACUUGGAGUUGUUUGUUGCGCUCAAGCCAGGUCUGAGCUCGUUCCGCGAAAACGAAAAGGGAGCGGCGGACUCGCUCCGUCCGCUCAUCGACAAGGCGCUCACCGUCGUCCCCGAGGAAGUCCGCUCCACCACGCCCAUCCGCGUCGGAGCAACGGCUGGUCUGCGCCUUCUCCCUGGCGACCUCGCUGACAACAUUCUCCAAGCCGUCCGCGAGAUGCUCAAGGAGUACCCCUUCACCUUCGCUGCCGAUUCCGUCAAGAUUCUUGAUGGCGCCGACGAGGGCUCCUUCGCGUGGGUCACGGUGAACUACCUCCUGGGCAAUCUCGGCAAGGACAUCAGCCACACGGUGGGGGUGGUGGAUCUGGGCGGCGGGUCCGUGCAGAUGACGUACGCGGUGCCUGAUGACGUGGCAGCGAAGGCGCCUGAGGGCUACGUUCGGAGGCUGAGCGGAAUGGGCAAGACGUACGGGGUGUACGUGCACAGCUACCUGGGCUUCGGUCUGAUGGCAGCUCGCGCUCAGGUGCUCAAGGCGAAGCCACCAGGCAGCGAGGGGCAUGCAUGCUUACCCAAGGGCACUGACGACAAGUACGUGUAUGGCACAGAGGAGGUCCAGGCACAGGCGCUGCCGAUGGGAGGGAGUGCAGCGGAGUGUGCGCUGCUGGCAGCAAAGGCGUUGGAACUGGGAGGGGCUCUUGCAGGCGACGCGGCUCCUGCAUGCUCUUUCGAGGAGUGCACGUUCGGAGGGGUGUGGAGUGGUGGUCGCGGUCAGGGCGCAUCCAAGCUCUUCAUUGCUUCAUACUUCUUUGACCGAGCAGGCCAGCUUGGUGUUAUUCCCGACCCCAAGGCGUCAUCAGCUCCUGUCAAGGCUAAGGACUUUGCCACUGCAGCUGAGGCUGCCUGUGCCACACCCUUGGAGGAAGUCACAAAGAAGUUUCCUGGAGUGGAGGGCAAGGACGCGCCGUACAUGUGCUUGGACGUGGUGUACCAGCACAAGCUGCUCACUCAUGGCUUCAGGAUUGAUGAUUCAGCAGAACUUACGCUGGUGAAGCAGGUCACUUACAAGGGCAAGGAUGUGGAGGCAGCUUGGCCACUUGGUGCUGCCAUUGAUGCAAUUUCGUCUUAG